CCCAGAGGACUCGGGCUGUCAGAUGCGAUGCGCUUGCGCACUAAACACACACACAGACACACACACGGAUCCUCCAGUGUGAGCAGGUUAGUGUUAGUGUUGGACAAUCAGACUGGAAGUGCGUUAAUUAAUAAAAAAGAAAAGGAGUUAAUGUCUUCAGAUUCAGUAAGUGGAGUAAAAAGCGUCAGUUUUUACCAGCUGCUUUAGUGGAAAAGUUCUCAUCGGAUUUCUUUUUUGCAUUUGACUUCGUGACUAAUCAGCAGCAGCACGUUGCGUGGAGCAAACAAACACACAAACAGGAGAGCUCGUUAAAUUCUCUGGACUACAGAAAUUGGGAAAAUAUUGAACAAUUUGACGCAUCUCUGAAUAUCAAACAAGCUUUUAUUGCAAACAAACAACGAGGAUCGACACAGGGUUAUUCCUGCACACUCAGAAGUUUUUUCACCAUGAACCAAACUGCAGGAGCCACAAAUGCGUAUCGCAGAUGCUCCAAAGCUGGAAAGUCGAAAUGGCAUCACUGUAUCAGAGAUUCACCGGCAAGAUCAACACCAACACAUCCUUCCCCAACAACCCUCCAGAGGCGAGUCAUCUCCUCGGGCAAGCUGUGGAGGGUGAGAGGCCGGCGGGGAGCGAGAGACCUCGGCUGAUCCAGUACCAGCAGCGCUGCGAGGACGAGGAUGAGCUGGUGGGCAGUAACCCUCCGCAGAGGAACUGGAAGGGAAUAGCGAUCGCCCUCCUUGUCAUUCUGGUCAUCUGCUCGCUGAUCGUCACCUCCGUCAUCCUGUUGACACCAGGUGAGGAUAACCACCUGGCUCACAAGGGCAAGGUGACCGUUGCAGACCUCUUCAGAAAAGACUUCAAGGUUCAUGACCCCAACGCCAAAUGGAUUAGCAGUAAUGAGCUAUUAUACCGUAAUCGUGAUGGCGACGUCGUCAAGCUCAACGUCGACACCGAUGAAAAGACCAUCUUGGUGCAUAACAAGAAGUUUGAAAUGUACAAAGCCAGCAAGUAUGAGGUGUCUCCUGACAUGAAGCAUGUGCUGCUGGCCUACAACGUUGCACCGGUGUACCAGCAUUCUUACACGGCCUUCUACAUCAUCUGCAGCCUGGAUACUCCGGCGACGUGGAACUUGAACCCUCCAGAGGUGCGAAAUGCUCAGCUGCAGUACGCAGGCUGGGGACCCCAGGACCAGCAACUGAUCUUCGUUUUCGAGAACAACAUCUACUAUCGCUCCAGGGUGGACAACCGCUCCAUUCGCCUGGUGUCUACUGGCAAGGAGGGCGUCAUCUUCAAUGGGCUCAGUGAUUGGCUGUAUGAAGAGGAGAUUUUCCAGUCCCACAUUGCCCAUUGGUGGUCUCCAGAUGGUGCCAGGUUAGCGUACGCCACCAUCAAUGACACCCUGGUGCCCAGGAUGGAGCUGCCCAUGUUUACGGGCACACCCUACCCAAUGGGGAAAGAGUACCACUACCCUAAGGCCGGUGAGGAGAACCCAGUUAUCACUCUGUAUGUAGUGAACCUUAACGGUCCUCUUCACACCAUCGAGAUGAGGAGACCUGAUGAUCCCAGGAUGGGUGAGUACUAUGUGACCAUGGUGAAAUGGGCCACCACCACCAAACUGGCCAUCAACUGGCUGAACAGAGCCCAGAACAUCUCUAUACUCACACUGUGUGAGGCCACAACGGGGGUCUGCACUAAGAAACAUGAGGAUGAAAGUGAAGGAUGGCUGCACAGACAGAAUGAGAAGCCUCUGUUUUCCAAAGAUGGGCUGAAGCUGUUCUUCACCCGCGCCAUUCCCCAAGGAGGCAGGGGCAAGUUCUUCCACAUCUCCAUGUCCAUCUCCCAGCCCAACACCAGUACAGACACACUGCAGUCCAUCACGUCCGGAGACUGGGAUGUCACCCAAGUCCUGGCCUAUAAUGAGGACAGCCAAUUGAUAUACUUCUUGAGCACUGAGGAUGGUCCGAAGAGAAGACAUUUGUACAGCGCCGACACCUUUGGUUCGUUCAACCGUCGCUGUCUGUCGUGUGCCUUGCCCGACAGCUGUGACUACGUCAGCGGCUCCUUCAGCCACAACAUGAGCUAUUUCCUGCUCAACUGCCAAGGACGGGACAUCCCAUUCGUAGCCGUUUACAAGACGCAGAGAGACGGAGAGAGUGAGACGCAAGACAGGGAGAGUAUUGCGGAAGUACAUAAACUGGAGAGCAAUGAGAAACUGAGGGAGACCCUGGACUCCAUGCAGAUGCCCACAGUGGAGUACAAGGAGAUCAACAUGGACGACUACACCUUAUCGAUGCAGAUUCUCAAACCCGCCGGCUUCAUGGAGACAGCACACUACCCGCUGCUCCUGCUCGUCGAUGGGACACCUGGUGGCCAGACAGUGGCAGAGCAGUUUCACAUGGACUGGGCCACGGUGCUGGUGAGCAGCUUCGGGGCCAUCGUGGUGCGUUGUGACGGGCGAGGAAGCGGCUUCCAGGGCACCAACCUGCUGCACCGGAUCCAGAAGAGACUGGGGGUGUACGAGGAGCAGGAUCAGAAGAAAGCACUCGAUUUUAUUUUGGAGGAGUCCUACGUUGACAAAACCAGAGUUGGAGCUUUUGGGAAGGUGUAUGGAGGCUACGUGACCAGCCUGUUGGUCAGUGGCGAGGAUUCCCCUGUAAAGUGUGGCGCUGUGCUCUCACCCAUCACCGACUUUGAAUUAUAUGCGUCUGCAUUUUCAGAGAGAUAUCUUGGGCUGCCUAAACCUGAUCCAAGGGCGUACACAAAUGCAAAUUUAGCACACAGAGCAUCUCAGUUCAUGGAUAAGAAGUUUCUUAUUAUUCAUCCAACAGCUGAUGAAAAGGUCCAUUUCCAACAUACGGCAAAAUUCAUCGCCCAGCUCAUCAAUGAAAAGGCCAACUAUACCUUACAGAUCUACCCAGAUGAAGGCCACUUCAUUCACAGUGAAGCAACGAGGCAGCACCUCAGCCAGUCCCUUGUGAACUUCUUCGAGGAAUGCUUCAGGCUACCGGAACGAGUGUUUGAGGAGGCCCUGGAAGAGGAGAGCGAAGACGAGGGUUAGCUUGGCUUGCUGAGGCUGGUGUGCCCCAAAUCCUUCCCACCCAUACGUUUGAAUACCUAACCUCCAUCCUGUCCCCAUGCCCAAGCACAGCACUGGCAUAGCCUACAGUUGUCCACAAUAUGCAACUCUAGUCUGUUCUUGCUCAAUUUGAUUUGCAUUUGGACUCCCCGUGUCCGCAUGCUGAACCUGAGACUGCCUUUCCAGCAGAUGACGGAUCUAGUCCUACAUCCAUCCUCCCACCUUCUGCCCUGAGUUCAAAUUCAAACGGCCCUCCAGAGAGCCAACAAAGACUGAUGACCUGACAUGAUGUUUUGGAAUAUACUGAUUGAUUUAACAGGGAGCCGUCUCCUUCACAGCAGGAUGGACAAGCUCCUUAAAAGCAGUGGAGACAAAGCAUCAGCUGUCACACAGACUUCCAAGCUGUGAGGAGAAGGAACACCUUAUAGCACAUAACUCGUGGGCUUGUAUAUUAAUGAAAAUCAGACUCCUGGUGAAGAACACUGGUUGACGGUGUUCACAAUGGGGGUCUGGAAUUGUGGCGAUACAGGAAAUGUUACUAUUUUUAAAGUUGUGAAGAACUUUCAUGUUGGACUGUGGUUGUGUCUAUUGUUCUUACAGUAUGUAAAAUAGCACACAAACAUUCACUCGGCUAUUACGGAUAUAUUUUCUUUUGGUAUUCAUGUUUGCCCUGAUGUUCAUCUCGUAGCCCAUUUUAUGUAUUUCAGUGAUGCUGACGGAAUUCUCUAACUGGCAAAAUGUUUGGAAGAAAAACAGUGCCCAUGGGUUUCUUAAUGUUCAUUUGAGACAGUUUAAUUGUGACGCUCCAGUUUUAUCAAAUGUUUUAUCAAAAAACAGAAGCAUUAACUUGUUUUAGUCACUGUGCCUUAUUUGUCAGAAAAAAACAUCCUGCUGUGGGACUGCAUUUAUGAACUACAACGAGGCGAAUUUUAUAGGAAUGGUUUGAUUUUGGAAAAUACACUUAUUAGCUUAGCUUCUUGUCGAGAGUUAGAAAAGAAAUUUAGUUCCAUUCUAUAUCUGCCCCUUAAAUAUGAAGCCAGCUUAGCUUACUUAAUAUUCACGGACAGACGCAACUGUGGUAUUAAACUUAUCAGACUCUCAGCAUAUUUCCCAAAAUGGCAGCUAUUGUUUUAAAUCUGUAGCUUGAAACAGAUAAAUAUUAAGAGAAAGGUGUUAGCUACUUUCAACAGCUACUAUUUGAUUGGGAAACUAAAGGGAUUUUGAAGUUUCACUGAAAAAUAUCAAUCGUUCUCUGGAAAUAUGCCCAAUGACGACAUUACACCGAGCUAAAAUGUACAGAAUCUGCAUGCAUCAUUGCUUAUAAGAUGUUAAAGAAUGGUACAGUAGGUGAAGAAAACGGUACAGAAACUGCAGUGUUUUUAAGGAAAGUGAUGUCUCCCUUACUUAAAUCUUAAAUCAGUGAAUACAUUGUUCAAGGUUGAAGGCAAGAAGCCAUUAAGGAUUAGUGUUAUACCCUGAAAAAAUUAUGCAUUUGUAUAUAAAGGAGGAAAAUUGUCCAAUGAAGCCAUGCAAACAUGGCAUACAAAGUUAUGAAUUCUUGAGGCACAUGUUUAAUUUUCUAUUUUGUUUUAUUUGAAUGACCAUUUGUGUUACGUUUUCAGUGCAUGUUAAGAGGUUAUUUGCAGCACUAUCCCUGAUAACUCAGUUCCACAUGGUAAUUUUGACAUCUUGAAUGUUCCUUACUGGAUUGCAUAAAUUACAUUUCCAGUAGUAUUGUGAUUGAGAUCCCAGUCUCGUCAGCUUGAUGUGUAAAUGUUAUUCAAAUAUCAUUUUAUCCUAAAAAGAAAAAAGAAACAGUAUUACCUGAGUGUUAUUUGUGCAUAAAGCAUUUUGGAAGUUA